AUGAUCUCUUCUGGAUGUUGUGGAUGUGGAAACCAUUCCUGUGAUGGAUGUUGUUCAUAUUCGAUCAAGCAAUUGACUCUUAAGUUGGAGAAUGUCACUAACCAAUUGGACAACCUUACCAAGGAAGUUGCUGAAAUUCGUGCUAGCAAGGUUACCACUCAAGUUGUUCCAGUUCCAAAGCAUUCACACUCGAUCAGUAGUUUGGAUUUUACUGCAAUCCCAGGUUCCCAAACCAGCGUAACUGUUACACGUCCAUCAAAGUUGGUUGCCUUUGUUAGUUACCACUCAAAGGCCAAACCAAAUACCAGUGUUGAUAUUACUUCUGCUCUCAACGGUACCGUCAUGACUCUUGGUGGAUAUACUGAUUACCCAUGGCCACUUGGUGCCAGCCUCAAUAUCAACGACUUUGUCAAUGGUGCUUCCAUUACUGAACAAGUUGUUCAACCAGGUGUCUACAACUAUGACAUCAGAGCAAGAAUCAGACCUGCCAAUGCCGGUGAUAGUACCUCCCUUGCCAAUGGUUUCGCUGCCUUACUAGUUUUAAUUCCAUUGUAA